AUGGAUUCGAAACCCUCAGCUAAUUCUGCAAGCUUUAUCGAUCAGCAAGUGUUUCCUGGGGAUGUGGUGUUGGACCUCUCUAAAAUGACCAAUCAGACAAUCAAGCUUGGCGGCGGCCUCCGUCAGGAUGGUGAUGUGAUAUCUGUUAUGAAAGCAGGAAAGCUGAGGUUUUCUAAACCAAACAAGUAUUGGGUAGAAAGCUCCAAUAAACGAUAUGUCCCAAGCGCCGGGGAUAAUGUACUUGGAAUCGUGGUUGAUGCCAAAGCAGAUAAUUUUCUUGUGGAUAUAAAGGGUCCCACAUUGGCAUUUCUCCCCGUGCUGGCUUUUGAAGGUGGAACCCGAAGGAACAUUCCAAAGUUUGAGAUGGGCACUUUGCUGUAUGUCCGUGUUGUUAAGGCAAACCCUGGCAUGAACCCUGAGUUAUCAUGCAUGGAUGCCACUGGGAAAGCGGCAGAUUACGGCCCCCUAAAAGAAGGGUUCACAUUUGAAUCAUCGACUGGACUAUCAAGAAUGUUGCUGAGUUCUCCAACUUGCCCGGUUCUUGAGACUCUUGGGAAAAAGCUUGCUUUCGAGAUUGCAGUUGGUUUGAACGGCCGCAUUUGGUUGAACGCUACCUCUCCUUCGAUUGUGAUUCUCGUUGCAAAUACAAUCAUGAAAACUGAGUCUUUGAGUCCCGGGCAACAAAAAAUUAAGGUUGAAAGCCUUCUGCAGAGACUGCAAUGA